AUGUGCUCGCUGUCCCUCUUCCACUACUCCGAGUACCUGGUGACRGCCAUCAACAACCCGCGCAGCCUCUCGCUCGACUCCUUCCUGCUCAACCACAGCUUCGAGUACAACCUGGCCGCCUUCUCCUCCUGGGUGGAGUUCGCCCUGGAGCGGUUCCUGUGCCCCGAAAUGAAGCAGGUGGCGUGGCUGAGCACCGCGGGGCUGCUCAUGGUCAUCUUCGGCGACUGCCUGCGCAAGGCCGCCAUGCUCACGGCCGGCUCCAACUUCAACCACAUCGUGCAGAACGAGAAGUCGGACACGCACACGCUGGUGACGAGCGGGGUCUACGGGUGGUUCCGGCACCCGUCGUACGUGGGGUGGUUCUACUGGAGCAUUGGGACGCAGGUUUUGCUCUGCAACCCCAUUUGCGCCGUGGGCUACACGCUGGUGUCCUGGCGCUUCUUCAGGGAGCGAGUGGAGGAGGAGGAGAUCACGCUCAUCCACUUCUUCGGGGAAGAGUACCUCGAGUACAAGAAGAGGGUGCCCUCGGGCCUGCCGUUCAUCAGGGGAGUUAAGGUGGAGCUGUAGCAGGUGCCUGCGGAGCCUCUCUUGCUGAGCAAACGGCAGCGCUGCGCGUGCUGAGGACUGUGCGCACGCUGGCGCCCGCAGCAGCAGCCGCCUCCCUGGAUUUCCUGGCCGGCCACCAGAAGCUCCUAAAGGGCUGAGGAGCGGGGCGGCUGCCCGGGCCGCUAGCAGAGCAGCCGCUCGCUCGUCCUGGCCGGGAGGAGCGCUUGGAUCCUCGGGGUAAUGUAGCCUGUGGCGGUCCUUGGAGGAGACGGCCGCUCUGCCCCCACCGCCGCUGCGCCGGGACUCGCAAACGAGCCCUGCGCUGCUGCCCUUGCACUGCAAAGCUGCUGCUUGGAAGAUGGUUUCUACAGCACAGCUUAAUUCUAAUGCAUCCUGAGCUGGCGAGCUCCCCAGCGCAGCGUCAGCCUCGUGGGAGCUGCUUCCUCCAGCCGCUGUGUGCGGCGGGGAGCUCUGUGCGCGCGCCUGCCACAGCGUGACCCUCUCCGUCCCUCGGAGCACGAGGGCCCGCGCGGCGGCCGCGGCGCCCAGCAGCCUCCCCGGCGCCGUGGGAGCAGGAGCCUCUUCCCAGCUCGCACCACUCCUGGUGUCUCUAUUAAACUCAGCCUAAGCGGAGCGUGGCUGGUGGUGCCGGGGUCUCCUGCCACCGCGGCCCCAGGUCGCUGCUUCCUUUCCCGCCGGGUGUCCUCGCUGGCCCAACCUCUGUCCUGCAGAGGCUCCUCGCUCUUUUUCCU